ACUUACUCGUACCGAUCACGGGCUCUCUACUCUGCAUCGCGCUCCUUUCCUUAGCUGCAACUGCAAAAGUAUACUAUCUAUAAAGAAGCGUCCGCCAGUCUCGGUAAAGGCUAGUGUACUCAGCUGCCAGCUGCCGACCGGCCCGGAUGCUCCGGCGUGUUGUAACAUGACAAUGCGAGAGCUACCAUUCCGUCACUUUCGUCCUGUUCCGUAGAAAUGCCGCUGCCUGCCCGGCGGUAGCGGAAGUUCCGACAGCGCACGGCUGUCCGUGCUCACGCAACAUUGCACGUCUGCAGGUGGUAAACAGACCGCUUUUUGUAUUAGUGAUAAAGCCAGCGCAGAAUGGGUUCCAAUCAGUCGAAGCUUGACGACAGUAAUGACAUCGUAGCUAGCGCGGAACAGGACGACAGCAAAUGGGAAGAAUCGCUGAACUCCGUCACAUCCCUAGACCUGGCUGGUCUGUCCGUGCAGGAGUUGGAAGCCGUCGAGACAGUUGUCCGAAUACAACUGGAGUUCGAGCAGAAAGAGGCCCGGAUGCUCAGGGCGCUUGAAGCAGCAGCAAGCCGUCACAUCUCCACAGCUUCUCCACCAUCCCUGGACAGUGCCCCAAAUAGCCCGCGUAAACGAGCCGCAACUUGGAGUGCAUCUGAAGAAUCAUGUGAAAGAUGCCCACAGUGCGGUGCAGAAACGCCAUGCAUCAAGCAGCGGAUUUGCUUCCCGGAAGCCUCCAAAAUGACCCAGUGGAGUGCAUGUCAAAACUGCACACUAAAGACCGGUACUCAGCUAACAACAGGCAAAUGGUUCCAUGGUCAUGAUCUUGAACGAUCGAUUGCCAUGAGCAAGGCAAUGCUCACACGUAUCGCAGAGUGCAAGCCACAUGCCACUGUUGAACCAACAGUUCCUGACAGUAUCAGUUUGCCUCUUGCUGGAAAGGCUGAUACUUUAUCAGCAGAGCUGGACACGCCAAGUCCAAUCACUCCAUUGUCAACUUCAAGUACCCUCUCAAGAGCCAAGCCGAAAGGAAAUAGUUGGGCAGGACGAAUCCAGGCCUACAUUAGUCAUGACAACUCGGGCAAAACAAUGAAUGUCGCCGUUAGCAAAGUACUGGACCUAGUCGACGUUGAACCACAUGCUCCUAUUGGUAUACAAGUAGCCUUGCAGCCACAGAGAAGUUCAGCUGAUUGUCAAGUCAGCAAGGUGGCCUAUUCAAGAGACAAUGGCUCCGUGGAAGUUGGCCAAGUCCUGUCUUGGCCUCGUCUCAAGCGGAAAGAGGCAAACACGAUGUCUCUCCAGAUCAGUGUAUGGUUUGCCAAGCCACUGGAGCUGCUUGGAAAGGCAGAUGUGUCCUUGAGUUCGAUGUUGAAGGGCAAAGGUGACAGCUCACCACAGUUCUUCAGCCUGUUCUACAAUGCCAAUGCCAGUAUGUAUGACCAGGUUGUCGCUCUACCUUCCUUUGCCUUCCUGGAUAUACAAGAAGAGCUCUCUGUUCGCCGUUCAACCGUUCAACUCGCCGAAUCCGCAGCGGCCAAACAGUUGGGCAGAAUUGCAUCAGCGCAAGACAUCACCGACAUUGACAAUAUAGAAGUGAGAACGCCAGCGAAGUUCGAGAAGUCCGACGGUACUCUGUUCUUCGGAGCUGAGAGCCAGGACAUUUUCCUGGAGAAGAGAUCGUUCCAGAACAACUCCACGGUCUCCAGCAGUGCAGACACUGAUUUUUUGUCCAGUGUUGAGGAUGGGAAUAUCGCAGAGAAAGAAGGUACAUCCACGUUGGACUCAUCCAUGAAGGAGUUUGAAGACGAGAUUGCUGAAGUCAGUUCUCAGCUUGAUUUGCUGGAAGAAGAGGAGAAAGACAAGCCACAUGUACCUGUGAAGGAUGACACUGACGAUGACUCUGACUGUAGGCAUAACUUGCCAACCCUGGAGAACAUCGCUGAGGGACUAGAUGAUGGCACAGAGCUAAUGACUCCAUCCAGUGUUGGUCGAGGGGUGAUUGUCGUAACGGAUGAGCUAGGUAGCGUUCACAACCGAGAAUCCUUUGCGAUUCCAGAGAAACGGGCAACACUUCUUCGAGGGUCCAGCUUGGAGCACAGUGAGACGCCCACUCCUGAGGAUUCUACACCUGAAGCAGACCGUAUGAUUGCUCAGACGUCCUGGACGGGCCGUCAGAUCAGCCCUGUGAAGGGGUAUCAGCCCAAACCCAAAGACCCGAAGCAGGACGCUGCAACGUACUCUCCUGUGGCACGGGAAAGAGAUCAGAUGACCAAAGAGAGCCCAACCGGCCUACCCAAUCCCUACGUGAACAUAUCGAAAAAUCCGCAAGCGGCAAUGAAGGGCAUACAGUACUCGCCUGAGCGCAGCGUGGACACGGCAAGCCUGGAAUCAAGCCCAUCGCGAACAGGCUCACCCGUGUCCACCACCGACGUCAAGUCAGCUUACACGACGUCAAUCCGCCUGUCGAUUCAGGAAGUACGCAUUUAUGCUCUAGAAGUGACCGUACAUCAAGUAAAGAAUGUGGACCGCUUCCAGCUUGAUGGCAGACCAGUUCCAUCAGGCCUGUACUGCAAGAUCUACAUGACGUCUGAUGGCAAGAAGUUCAAAGCCAAGACGCGUCCGGUGGCGUACGCUAACAAUGUUACCUUCGAUGAGACGCUCACUCUGAAUGGCAGACUGCAAAAUGCCGAGCUCGAGGUGAUGAUCUGGGAGACGCAUGGAUUGGUAGGUCGGCACGUGAUGACCUGUACCUGCAACAUCUCUAUACCGCACCUCAACCUGAAACGCCACACCGCGGUCACUCACUGGUACAAACUCAUGCAGCCAAUGCUGGCACCGGCUGCCACGGCCACAGGUACAGGUACUGAGCUGAAGAGGGCGCCGUCGAGAGGCAGCCUCUCUUCCUGGGUAUUCCACAAGCAACGUUAGUGCACCCCUCAUCCCUUAAUAGCCGAUUGGCAAUUGAGAAAGCCCACCAGCCGCUUUUGCCGCACUGCAGGAUAGUGUCAUGCUGCUGCUGACUGCACACCAUGUGCACAUGCACAAGCACACCCGUUCUAACCUAAAUACCCUUGAGAAAGCUAACAACCGCUUUUGCCGCACUGCAGAAUAGUGUCAUUGCUACUGCUGACCGCACCGUACCAUAUACAUGUACACACACUCACACUCGUUAUAACCUAAUUGAUCAGUCAACACUUGAGUAGGAAAUCUAGUACGAACCGUCAGCAUUCCAUAAUGUCUGUUCACGGAUAACUCUUGCGCCGAACUAAAUUAUAACGGACUCAUCCCUCCCGCUCCGCAGCUUAUUUCAUGUAUAUGAUUUGCUUGCAUAUUAGAGGACCAGUAGAGACACUCAAAGUCAUCGUGACAACUCAGUUCAGAAGGCUUCCCCCCUCUUACCUAUUUUUCUGAUCUAGCAGUGCUGAUUUUGCUUGACCGUGACUUCUGUGUGUUAAAUGACUCUCGCAUCAAACAUGACUUUUUCACAUCAUGCCAUUUCAAGUUUAAAGUGAAGCAAUAAAAUUGAGUAAGUCUUGGA